AUGAAGAAGUGGAAAAAUUAUUCCUUGAGAGGAAGAAAAACUCUCAAGCAAACUUCAUUUAAAUUGAACUUUUUCAAACAACAGACAUUUCCUUUAGAACAAACAACACAACAUAAACGAGAAAGCAAAGUCAAAAAAAAAUCAAAUCAGUCGUUUAUGUUACCUGAAGGAGUACAAAUAAAGAGAUUAAAAUUAAGAAUGAGAUUGAGUGUUUUUAGUGUGAAAACAUCAUAA